AUGCAGGAAAGCGCAAAGAAUGAAACAUACAAUAAGCAGCACAGAGUUAUUGCCACAAACAUGCCAUUCAAUAUAUCUGACGAGGAUAUUCUGAAGCACUUUAAUGGAGCAGUUAGUUUGGAGAGACACGCUAAGAAGGGCGUGGCAACCGGGGCUGUAUUCAUCCAGUGCGCCAACACAACUGAUGUUAACAGAUUUAUAAAAACACUCGAUGGGUCAAAAUUAGCAGGAAGAGAGAUCAGAGUGGCACAGCUGGAGGACAGAGAGGUAUACAAAGCAAAGCAGAAGUUUGGCGAUAAUGAGGACGAGAAUGCAUACGGAAGACAGAAGAGAAAGGAGUAUGAAGCCAACAAAGGCAGCGAGAGAAGAAAGCUUCCAGAGGGAGAAGAGAACAGAACUGUGUUCAUUACAAACAUCUCGUUCAAAGACACCGAGGAGGAGGUCAAGGAGGUCUUUGGAGCAUUUGGAGAAGUAGAGCAGUGCACACUUGUUAUGAACAGAGAAACCAAUGCACCAACAGGAAGAGCAUUUGUGCUUUUCAAGCACCAGGACAGCUGUAAAGAAGCUCUGCGCGAGCAGGUAACUCUGAACGACAGAGUGCUAGUUGUCUUAAAGUACGUAUCUCCUGAUGUAUUGAAGCAGAGAGAGUCAGACCAGAAGGAAAAGGACUACCAAAGAGAAAAGACAAUCAAGGAUAGACAGGAAGGAGUUUUAGAGCCCAGAGACCCAUCCAAGAUAAGCUCAUGCAGAGUGCACAUCUCGCACAUGGACAAGAAGCACACGCGAAAGUCUAUCUCCAAGGUAAUUGAAAACUACUUUGAAAAACUGCACGGAAAAAAGCUGAAGCUGCGAGGUGUCAACUUGACAUCAAACAGUGCAAAGAGGAACCCAGGAUAUUGCUUUAUAACCUUCAAGUUCCCUGAAGACGCACAGCUCUUCUUGGAAAGCCAGGGAAAGAUGCGAAGAGAAAUCGGAGGGAAAAUGACUGCAGAGUAUGCAAUGGAGAGCAAAGAGUUCCAGGAGAGGGGAAUCAAAAAAAAGCCAUCCAAGGAGGACAGAAUAGAAAAGAGGAACAGAAAAGAAAGAGAGUCUCAGAGGAGGGAAGAAAGGGCAUAA